AUGGCUUUGCGCAGCCUGGCAAUUCCGUUCAGGUUUGCCUCUGGCCCGGUCACUGCGCUCACUGUUGUCCUCUACGGUUUCAUCUUCUGGCUCGCCCUUUACACCGACGAACUAUUUGAUGUCCCUAAAGACACCCGAGGCCUGGAUUUAGAUCGCGCAUAUGCAGACCUUCACAAGAUAACAUCCCAACCACACCCCUUCUUGUCUCACACCAACGAUGACGUCCGCACUUACCUCCUCUCUCAAGUCGAAUCUAUUGCUGCGGAAUAUGACCAUGUCCACGUUUCUGACGACACGAUUUCCAACGCAUCCUGGGUCGCCGACGGUCCCGCCGUUUACUUCGAGGGUAACAAUAUCCUCGUCAAGAUUGACGGCACUGAUCCCCCCCUCUCCGCGCCGCAUGCCAAGCCCAACGGCAUCAUGUUCUCCGUGCACUUCGACUCAGUUUCCACUGCACCGGGUGCGACCGACGACGGCAUGGGCGUCACCACGCUCCUCGAGCUGAUCAGAUAUUUUGCUACGCCUGAGCGCCGACCACGGAGGACGGCUGUGUUUUUCUUCAACAACGGAGAGGAGGACGGGCUCAACGGCGCAUAUUUGUACUUUAAGCAUCCCUGGUCGAAUCUCACAUCGACGUUUGUGAAUCUCGAGGGCGCUGCGUCUGGAGGCCGGCCCAUCCUGUUUCGCUCGACGUCGUUGGCACCAGUCCGCGCCUUUGCGUCCGGCGCCAUCUCCCACCUUCAGGCCGAUGUUUUAAGCUCGGAUGCGUUCAAGCGAGGCCUCAUUCGCAGCCGUACCGACUUCCAGGUAUAUGCCGCAGGGCUCAAAGGCCAGGUGGAGCCAAUGUCUGGCGUGGACUUCGCAUUCUGGAAGAACCGUGCAUACUACCACACGCCCUACGACUCGAUCCCUGGUAUGGGAUAUGGGGAAGGCCGUAAAGCACUUUGGUCCAUGCUUGAGGCUACACGUGGAGCUGGAAUCGAGCUACUAAACGGUGAUGAUACGAGUAAUGAUAAUGGUCAGCCUGGGGUGUACUUCGAUUUGUUUAAAUACAAACUAGUGCUCUUCUCUCUGCAGUCACUCCUUGUUACAAAUAUUGUCAUGCUCGUAAUCGCGCCGAUCACCACAUUGAUAUUGCUCGCAAUGCUCUUUAUAGUUUCUAAAAAGUCACUGCAAGAGCGAGCCGUCGAAGAGAGCAUUCAAAGUGGAAGCUGGACAAAAGGCAAAAAGAUCCUUCGAGUGAUCUUGGGCUGGGGCCGAUUUUGGAUAGCUCUUAUUGUCGGCAUAGCUGCUCACGUCGGGCUGGUUGUCGCCUUCGUUAAGAUUAAUCCUUAUGUCGUCCACUCGCAUCCUUACCUCGUCCUUGUCACGUUCUUGUCCCUUUCAUUCCUCGCUGUCACUUGUCCUCUCCAGCUGCUGCAAUUUAUCUUGCCCUCCUCUCCCUCCUCUCAGAAGCUCGCAGUUCUCCUGGAGCACUUCUUGCUUGCAUGGAUACUCCUCAUCGUUGCAACCAUCCAGAUACAAAAAUACAAAAUAGGUGGCGUGUAUUGGAUAACUGCGUGGUACAUUUGUACAUGGCUUGCGUCCAGUGUCUCCCUAGUGGAGGGAUCGGUGAGGGGGCUCAAGGCUGCAGAGAAUGCGCGCAAGGCUGGACUGGAUCUGACGGUGGACAGCGACUACGAUGAGAGUAGUGGGGCGGCACGGCGGCUGGUUAGCGGGGUCCGGUAUGAUGCACAGGAGCACCCCGACGGCGAGGAUCGCGGGGACGAACAGGAAGGGGAGAUUGUUGAGACAGAGCCAACGGAGAUUACCCCGCUCAUUCAUCAGCGCCGACGGAACGUCGAAAACGGCGGCGUAGCGGGGGCAGAGGCGAAGUAUAAGGAGUACGGCUGGUGGAUCGCGCAGAUGCUGCUUGCUGUCCCCCUGCCCGCGCUGCUCGUGUUCCAGAUUGAACUAAUUCAACUGCAGAGCUUGAUGAAUACCCUGGUGGAUGGGAGCGACCCGGUGAUAGUGUAUGGGGGUCUUGCGAUUCUAUCUCUAAUCAUUUUCAUUCCGCUGGCGCCGUUUGCGCAUCGAGUGCACCCUUGGCUCACGCUCAUCACGCUCGUAGUCUUCGUGUUAACUCUGGCUGCGUCUUGGGCUGCCCCCCCGUUCACUCAAGAACGUCCGUUCAAGGUGUACUUUCAGCAGCAAGUGGAGGUUGACAUAUCCUCAAACACACUUCCGCACAGUCAUUCGCUCGCCAUGUACCCGGCAGUAGGAGACGUUACCGUGACACAGUCCUCCAAUGUUGUGCACGCAGUGACGGUACUGACUGGCCUAAGUGGGUACAUCGACCGUCGCAUCGUCCCCGAGAUGCCGUCAUCAUGGGGUCGAGAUGUACGCUGUCAUGUCGACAACGUGACGCGCACCGGGCUGUAUGCGUGCGGGUGGGAGAGCGAGCUGUUGCCCUCACCUGGAGGCACCGCGGGGAACGACAUCACACCGUGGCUCGAUGUGCGCACAGCGCGGCUCAAUGCGACCAGUGCGACAAUCUCCGUGCGCGGUGCGAACACGCGCGGAUGCAGGCUCUACUUUGACCGGCCCGUCACGCGCUUCGCCGUGCUUGAUGCGGCGCGCGGGGGCGUGCCUGCGGAAGGCCUGCCGGGGUACGAAUUGCCAGAGGCGGGAACGCGCGAGCUGCGGCUGUGGACCCGGACGUGGGGAGCUGGGUUUGAGGUCGAAUUGGGGUGGGAGGGCGCGGGACCGCUGAGCGGGCGGGCGGCGUGCGAGUGGGCAGAGUACGCGAGUGCGUCAGCGAGCGGGCGGGUGUCAAGCGGGAGCGGGCUCAUUCCUGCGCUGGAGGAGGUGAAGGCCUUCUUGCCGCUGUGGGCGGUGCCAACGAAGGCGACGGAUGGACUUGUGGAGGUGUGGACGCGGUUUGAGAUAUGA